ACCACACGCGGCUCAAUCACGACAUUUAUUCGGCGUCCACUAUGCAUCAUCUCAACACUCUCGGUGUAAGGACGUCCAAACACAGUCGAGCGUACUGUAAAUACUGUAUGUGCACCAUCCACUCUAGCCUACGGGAUUCUCUCCGCAAAUAACAUGGGUUAAGAGGAGGAUGUCUGGAUAAUGCAUUUCAACUCUUUGCAAGGAUGGGGACUCGGAUAUUGUUUUUUGGCAAAGGCAUUUUGACAAAGACGAAGAGAGAAAUCAAAGAAGGGCUUUAAUAUCAUCCUUCUACUCUUUAAAUUCCUUUCCUUCUUUUCUUUUUUGAGAGAUGAUCGCAGAGUUGGUGUGCAGCGCCGUGGCACUGCUCCUGUAUGUCAACACACUGGACGCCGAUUUCUGCUACGAUGACAGCCGUGCUAUCAAGACCAACCAGGACCUUCUCCCUGAAACGCCUUGGAUCAACAUCUUCUACGAUGACUUCUGGGGGACACUUCUCACCCACAGUGGUAGCCACAAGUCCUACCGCCCGCUCUGCACGCUCUCUUUUCGACUCAACUACGCCCUGGGUGGCAUAGAUCCCUGGGGUUACCACCUGGUCAAUGUGGUUCUACACUGCACCACGACCGCCCUGUUCUCUAGCCUCUCAAGCCUGCUGCUGGGGUCGGGUUGCUGGAGCCUGCUGGCCGGGCUUCUCUUUGCCGCUCACCCCAUCCACACCGAGGCUGUGGCGGGCAUCGUGGGCCGGGCCGACGUGGGAGCCGCCCUCUUCUUCCUCCUGGCAAUGCGCUGCUACAUACGCCACUGCUCCCUGAGGACGAGCGGUGCCCAUGGAUGGAGUUGGACGUGGGUCUUGGGCACCUUGGCGUGUGCUUCCUGUAGCAUGCUGUGGAAGGAACAAGGCGUGACGGUGCUGGCCGUGGCUGGCAUGUACGACGUGUUUGUCUUCAACAGGUUGAAGCUGCAGCAGGUUCCCGCGCUCUUCCAGAAGAAGAAGAACCUGCACUUGCUGUUGAGCAUUUUUCUGCUGGGCUUCUGGGGUGUCAUCCUUUUGGCUUGCCGUCUUUACUGGAUGGGAAACAAACCUCCGAACUUCUCCAACUCGGACAACCCUGCAGCAGACUGUCCUUGUUUCCUAACUAGGACGCUAACAUUCUUUUUUCUCCCUACAAUGAACGUUUGGCUCCUCCUGUGCCCUGACAUGCUAAGUUUUGAUUGGUCAAUGGAUACUCUGCCUCUUGUGCGGAGCCUUGCAGAUUGGCGAAACCUCCACACCGUGGCCUUCUACACCUCGCUUCUAGCGCUGGCAUGGUUUGGGCUUUGCCAUUACCCAACCAAAAGCAAGGAGACCAAUGGGAAAGCACAUCAUGUAGCAAACGGGAAGUCCACAAACGGACACAGUUGUAGCUCUGAUUAUGAACACUCAACUUUUUACUCAAACUCCGUGCAGAUGAAUGGAACAAAUGGUACUGCAAAACACUAUUCAUCGUCUUUGCCCACCACAGAGAGUUUGGUGGUCUUCUCAUUGGGUCUGCUGGCCAUUCCCUUUAUCCCUGCCACCAACCUAUUCUUCUAUGUAGGCUUCGUGGUGGCGGAGCGAGUACUGUACAUCCCUAGUAUGGGCUUCUGCCUGUUGGUAGCAGUGGGGAUGAGAGCUUUAUAUGUCAGAUUGAGGAGGAAGUCCUCCAGAACUUUGGUGCUAGGCUGCUCAGCAGCCCUGGUCCUUCUUUUUGGGAUUAAGACAGUGUUGAGGAACCGUGACUGGCAGAAUGAGGAGAUGCUAUACAAGUCAGGGAUAUCUGUGAACCCUGCUAAAGUUUUUAGUAAUAUUUUGAAUGUUUUGAAUAAUUAUUAAAAGGUGGUGGAGGCCGAGCGAGCCUACAGGAACGCUCUGUACUACCGGAGGAACAUGGCUGACAUGUUGUAUAACCUGGGUCUGUUGCUCCAGGAAAACAACAGAUUCUCAGAGGCCCUCCACUACUAUAAGCUGGCCAUUGGGAGCAGGCCAACGCUGGCUUCUGCCUACUUGAACACAGGGAUUGUCCUGAUGAACCAGGGCCGUCUAGAAGAGGCCAAGCGCACUUUUGUCACUUGUGCCGAUAUCCCAGAUGAAAACCUGAAGGAUCCUCAUGCACAUAAGAGCUCAGUCACCAGCUGCCUGUAUAACCUGGGAAAGCUUCUUCAUGAGCAGGGCCACCAGGAGGAGGCCAUAUCUGUAUAUAAAGAAGCGAUUCAGAAGAUGCCCAGGCAGUUUGCCCCACAGAGCCUUUAUAAUAUGAUGGGAGAGGCCUACAUGAGGCUGAACAAACUGACGGAGGCAGAACACUGGUAUAAGGAAUCCCUCCGAGCCAAACCAGACCAUAUACCUGCACACCUCACUUACGGCAAGCUCCUGGCAAUGACGGGUCAGAAAACGGAAGCGGAGAAGUUCUUUCUCAAGGCGAUCGAGCUCGAUCCCACUAAAGGGAACUGCUAUAUGCAUUAUGGUCAGUUUUUGCUGGAGGAGUCGCGGCUUUUGAAGGCCGCUGAAAUGGCAGAGAAAGCCGCCCAGUUGGACAGUGAAGAAUUUGAUGUGGUUUUCAGUGCAGCUCACAUGCUCAGGCAAGCCAGCCUCAAUGAUGCCGCUGAAAAGUACUACAGACAAGCAGCCAACCUGAAACCCAAUUAUCCCGCAGCCCUCAUGAACCUCGGAGCCAUUCUCCAUCUCAACGGCAAACUCCAAGAAGCGGAGGCCAAUUAUCUGCGAGCCUUGCAGCUGAAGCCGGACGACACCAUCACUCAGUCCAACUUGCGGAAGCUGUGGAACAUCAUGGAAAAACAGGGCUUGAGGACCAUGGCUCCUUGACUUGGACAUAUUUGAUGGAGCACCUUCACUGAGGUUGUAAAGGAGAUGUUCUCUCGGAGCUCUCACUAAUGAGGUAAUCAACAUCCUAGGGCUUCAAUCCUGGGUUACCUCAUGGGACGCUUGAACAUAUGAGAGCAACUACAUCUGGUAAAACCAACAAUCUAGAACUGUGGAGCUCCCCAGACAUGUCGGGAGUUGUUAACUUGAAGUGGCCCAUAGAUACAUACUUGAAGUCUCAUGAUAAAUUAGAUUUUAAUUAGUUAGUCAAUGCUUAAUAGUCUUGAAGGGCAAUAUUUGUCCUGAGGCUGUAUGAAAUUGAGAAGGAAUGAGAGUGCUACAACCCCCAUGAGGCUAUACUCUGCAUGUACAGUACAUUUCUUCAUUCAUAUGAUUGGAAUCAUUAAUAUUUAAUGAGCACGUCAUGGCUGAUGGAAACGCGAAAAAAAUCAUAUCAUCGAAACAUCAACAAAAUAAUGAGAUAAAUAGACCAAACAUGUCAUAAACGUUUCUCACUGUAAAAAAAACAAGCAUUCAUUGUGUCAAAAUGAUCGAUUUGUGAGGUUGUAGACUUAAUGACACUGUACAUAGUAGCACGGAUGAUAUGUGAAGCUUGCGGAAUUUUUUGCAAAUGCAUUUGCACGUUCCAUCAACGUUCCAUCGAUCCAGACACACCUGCCCACGACACUAGAUAACUUCUGGGUUCAAGAAAUUGGAUCCAUUUGAUUAAUCUUGCCAAAAUGACAGGAAAACAGGAAAGGGACAUUCGAUAAGCUAUAUAGCCUGAAGGAAAUGUUAGAAAUUGAACUCGCAAGCUCUCUUUCUUCUAUGUUCGAGUGUAUAAAUGGAACCUAAUAUAUAAAAUGACACGUUACACAGCGUGAUGUUGUUGCUCAAACACGGAAAACAGUGAGGCAGAAUCAUUAUAUACAACGUUUAGAAUUGUUUAGUUCAUUCUGCAAUUACUUUUUCAUAAUUGUCUUUGUUCGUCCUUGUUUCUGAUUUCCAACUUUGUAUAUGUAGUGAGUAGGAAUAAUUGGUGAUCCCACCAAUUUUUUUUUUACGAAGGAUUUUUUGCGAUACGAGCCUUCUCACCAUCACGUUAAAAAAUGAAGUGAAAAUUUUGACCCAAAAAUGAAAUUCUGUUGUUUCUCGCCCUCGAACCCAUUCUGUUGAACACAAGAAAAACUGAGAAAUUAAGAAAAAAAUGGUGCAUCUUUUCAAUUCAAUUACAAUGGAAGCUUUCAAUCUUCAGAAAGGACUAAAAGCGCCAUAAAAGUUUGCUUUUAUUUUAUUUCAAGUAGUUCAUAGUGGUUUUUAUUUUUUACUUUAGGUUUUAGUUAACUAUGUCAUGUACCAUAUUCCACAUUUUCUGAAGCUGUACUAUAGCUUUGUGUGAUAAAUUAUUAUAGAAAUGUCUUAUAAACAUCUUAUUUGAUGCUUUUGCAAAAUUUCAGUCCCCCGUUCAUUGCAAUAGCAUGGAAAUGAGCAACCAAAUGUAUUUGGAAUGACAUGAGGGUGAAAAAAAUAAAACAGAAUUUAAAUUUUUGGGUGAACGAUCCCUUUACAGUCGGACGGAGUCAGUAUUAACUUAUUCCCUUUUGUGUUGUCUUGAUGAAAAAAAAAGGAAAAGAGAGGAGAAAAAAAGCAGCUGGCUCUGUGUUAUAUGUCAAAAGUGUAUGAAAUAUUUCUGAUUCAAGAUGCCCUUUUUUAAAUAUGUUUUUAAGCUGAACUAAUUCAUCCAUUGUUUCAAUGAGACAUGUGUAACGGGAGCAUUUUCAAGGGAAUAAACCCAGAAUUUGUGAUGCAUUUGUCUAGACGGUCUCUCAGACAAACCGGUUUCUUCACAUUUCUGUACUUCCAUUGUCUUCUCUUUCCCCCCAAAGUUAAUGAAUCCAAAUGCAAAUAAUAGCCAAUAUUCUGGUCUUUCUAAUGUUAUACUGAUUAGAAAAUAGCAUUUCUAAACUAGUACUGGACAUUGACAUAAUCAUGCAGUAUAUUAAAAGUAUAGUUGGCCCAAUUUAAAAUCCUGUAAUAAUUUACUCGCCCUCAUGUCAUUCCAAAGCUGACUUUUUUUAUCUGCAGAACACCGAAUAAGAUUUUAAAGAACAGCUUUGUGACAACAUGAGAGUGAGUAAUGUACUCGCACUCAGGCCAUCCAAGAUGUAGU